AUGACUGAAAGUGCACCAGAGCUUGGCUUAAUGUUCAUUGCCACCAAACCUGACAGUUCAAACAAAAAUAUACCUCAGACUAUGAUCCCAGAACACCCUACAUUUUCUAGCAUAGAUAAAGAUUUAUGCUUACACUUCUUACCUCUAGUAUCAUCUGAUCUCAUGGGUGACAUCGAAUACAUAUUAUCGUCUUUUGCGGACGGGUGGACUUUUGAUUUGUGUCGUGAGCUGUCAACCCCAUCACUCGAAUUCUUGCGAAGUAAUAAGUGCCAUGGACCAAUUGGGAGUGUUUAUUCUGCAAGGAAGUUGAAGGAGAAGGGUGGUGGCUUUGUGGGUAUUGCUCUGCUUCGUGAAUCAGUGUCUGAUUACAAUUCUUUUAAACUUGAUAUCAUCGUUCAUACAGACAAACCACCCGUCACUCACACUGUUUUAAAACAAGGAGGACAGGUUUGUAUUAAAGACAGAGACAGAACUUACAGCAGCAUUGCAGUCAUGUUAAAGGAAUUGUGCAAGUCUGAAGAUCCAACACUAAAAAUAACACGUAUUUUGCCCCCAUCAGAUUAUGAUAAUGCCGAGCCACUACUAUUAAGUGCAAGUCAAGAUAAGAAUAUUCAGAGUAACAAUCAGACUGGUCCAAUGGUUAUAAGCAUGGAUCAUUUGACAUCAUCAGAAAGCAAGAUCAUUAGGGGCAAAUUUUCAAAUGUUUAUGUUGCUCAGUGGAGUACAAAAGAUAACAUGGAAGUUGCUGUGAAAAUGCCAAAGUUGAAUGACGUCGGUGACAGUGAUCGUCUUCUGGUAAUGAUGAAUGAAGUUGCAUUUGUUAAUUGUGAAUGCAUUGUCAGCAUACUAGGGGUAACACUGACUCCCUUGGCUUUAGUCAUGGAAUAUCUCCCACUAGGACCUCUUGACAAAUAUCUUCAAGCUCAAAGAGCCCAUAUGAAAGAGGUAGAACUUGUGGAAGCAGCAACUUAUUUGGCUCGUGCUUUAUGGUAUCUUAACAUGGAAGGGAUCCAGCACAACAAAUUCGAUGUCAUAAUGUACUGGUGGCAAUCACACAGAACAAACUUUCAGGUAAAAUUGGGGUGA